ACGCAGACACGGCAACAUGACGUCCAGAAAUAUCAUCUUCUUCGUCGCUGCAUUUUUACUUCUAGCAGCAUGCUUAGCAGCUCCCGCUGCGAAAGAAGACGUGGAAGUUCAGAAAGACGACCUUGAAACUCCCGAGAAGGAAGACCUCAAAACUGCAGCCUCCCAUUGGGGUGGACAUUGGGGAGGAUACGGCGGACAUUGGGGCGGCGGUGGUUGGGGAUAUCCCUAUUACGGUAGCUAUUGGGGCGGGUGGCCCUAUGGCGGAUACGGCGGAUACGGCGGAUACGGUGGUUACGGCGGAUACGGAUACUGGCCGUACGGUGGAUACGGGCAUCACGGUUAUUGGUGGUAAAGUUACAAAGAACUAGUGUUACGGAAUAACUACGCCAGUAUUAGUAUAAAUAAGGGUGAUAUUCGUUUGAAACCAAUAUAUGUUUCUAUAUUGUAAAUACUUAUGUGCGUUUAUAUUAAACUUAAAUAAAGGAAAUAACAAAACAGGCAUAGUCUAACCAACGUCUGACGUCAAAGAAGUAAUUUUUUUAUUUCUUAAUAAUCGUGAAUCUUAAGAUUAUACUCAAAUGAAAUUAAAUGUAAAUAUCUCUAUUCCUGUAGGUCUAUUACAGACUCUUAUGGUAUGUGAAAUUUACAGUUUUUCGGAGUACUUUCGAGCUAUGAAAAACUGAAAAGAAACUCAGCUCUUAUUCUUUUCAAAUGAGCUUGUACAUGAUCAUAAUGAAUCAGAUUCAAUUUUUAAUUAUAGAUACAUAUAUGAAUAUAAUAAACAUAUUGAUGAAAUUAUUUUUAUGAUCAAACAAUAGUGUUGUGAAUUAAUAAGUUAAUAAUAAAUAUGAACAACGAUAUUCUUAGACUAUUACUAUUAUUAUUACAUACUUAUUUUUGAUAUAUAACUGAAUAAUGCUUGCCGUUGUGUAAUAUAGUACUUACUUGAAGAUUUAGAUUAUAUUAAGUUAUGUUACUUGCAAAUUUCACUCACGUCCAAAUUUCGUUUAGUACUUAGAAUUUUAUAUGUUUAUGUAUGGGACUAUAACAGUAGUGGACUGUCACGAAUCGGUAGGGAAUUUUUACUACUCUUUUUUAAACACAUGUUGUAUCGAUGUAAAUUUUUGUGCGUACAUUUGAUGAUCUAAGUUCACGAUGUAAUAGUAAUAGACACAAGUUAAAACAAUAUGCUUUAUUCAUGAGUAUGUAAUACGUUCAUAAAUGCUCAAAAUAUAUUUGUGAAGCAUUUCUCUCUUUCUCUCAAGCUGAUUAUCGGAUUAGAAAGAAAGGGUCGAUAUAUAUUAAUGAUAGAAAUAUAUAUGUUGGUUGUAAACAUUCUUAUGAUUGGGUUAUUGUUUUUAUAGUGGUGCUUAUGUAACAUAUAUAUAUGCAAUAUGCAUCGACUAUAUAUUUAUUUGUCUAUGUACAUAUAUACAUAUAUUAAGAGUGUAAACAUUUUAGUAUAUAAUAAGUAUAAUAUAUUUUUUGUGUAUCUUCACAUAUGUCAGGAAUCGAAUUUUAGUACCUUAAAACAACAUGUGAGUGAGCUUUACAAGAAAAUAAACUUUAAAUCACUGCCUUUACUGUAUCACUUGUAUAAAUAGUUAUUAAGCAGUAAAUGUAUUUAUUAAAGUAUUCAUGAAU